AUGUUUGGCGCGUGUUUUCACACCCUGUUUCGAAAGGAGGGGAAAAUGUGCUCCCCACAGUUUCCCGAAACCUGGAAGUAAGUCUUGGGUAAACAUCAGAUAAGGUCUGUUCCAUGUCGAAGCCUACAUAACAGCAAGCAGCAGUCAGACACUGCCAUUACAUGACUCUCUGACUCUGAUGGUAACAGUUUGAGUGGAACAUCCAAAAUGGCUGCCACAAUGACCCAGUUAAUAGGAUUCAUGUUGUCGGUGUUGGGCCUGUUUUUAAUAUCGGCUGCAACAGUAAUGGACGAGUGGAGCUUACAAGACCGAUCUUUUACAGUAAUAACAAAUUUUUAUACCUAUUCUGGUUUAUGGAAGUCGUGCGUAGGGACGGCGUACGGUACCACACAGUGUCGGCCUUAUUUCACCAUACUUGGCCUGCCAGCUCUGCUCCAAGCCGUCCGAGCCUUGAUGAUUGUUGGGAUUGUCCUUGGCGCUAUCGGCUUACUGAUCGCCAUAUUCUCGCUGAAGUGCUUGAAAAUGGGGAACAUGGAGGACAACUUGAAAGCCACCAUGACUCUGUCAGCUGGGAUCAUGCUUCUCCUUGCAGGUGUCUGUGGGAUUGCUGGGGUGUCAGCCUUUGCUAAUUUGAUUGUACAAAGUUUUCAGUUCACUACAUAUGCCAGUGGAUUCAGCGGUACUGCCAAUGUUGGUGGACUAACAGGAACUCUGACGCCAAGGUAUACUUUUGGCCCUGCACUUUUCGUGGGUUGGAUCGGUGGCGCUAUCUUGUUUAUCGGCGGCAUCUUGAUGUGCCUGGCCUGCCGUGCAAUGACUCCAGAGGACCACCGGUAUGAUGGGAUGGCCUACAAAGCUGCCUCCCAGAACACGAUGUACAGGCCUGACACCAGAUCCCGGCCCGUCUACAACGACUCCUACAAAGCUCAGAGUAUGGAUGGAAGGCAGACAAACCAGAGAUUUGACUACGUGUAGAACCAUGUCAGUUUUAAUACUCUUGUGUAAAGUCAGCAGCUCUGUGAUAAGUUUUCUACAUUCAGCAUUCAUUUUUUAUUUCUCUCUACUUUAAUUUGGAAGACCUGUUUCAGGCCUAAUUUCAUGUUACUUUUUCAAAUGUAAUCACAAUUAUAAAGUCUGUGCUGUAUAUUUUGUAUGUGUGUCUGUGUUAAAUAA